AUGACUAUUAUUUUCGAAGAUCAACUCGAUCGAUUGGACAAACUGACAGGAGGAGAAAUAUCAGAGAUCUCCAAAGCCCGCGCCGAAGUGCUUGAACCUGCCUUUGAUUCAUACCUCAAAUCUGUCAACCUUCGCGAAAAUGCACCUCCGCCAUCUCUUUUGCAGCUCGUUGCGUCCUCCGACAUCGCGGUCCAACUGUCGCGCUGCAAAAAGUCAGGGGCCGCGACCGACUUGGCCAUCACCAGAAAGUCGGAUGCACUUGACGACAACUUCAUGGGCUACUGUGAAGAAUAUAAAUGUGUGAUAUUCAAAGGCGAGGCGGGACUCCUUGACAAUUUCUUAGACGUUGUCGAGUCAGCUGCCGCGAAGCUUGAAAUCAACAACACAACAGCUGUCUUGAAGGCUCCUGAUCAGAUUCGCAUUCCUUUUGGGGGUCUGGAAUAUGGACUCAAAUAUGAAGAGUUUGUCGAUCGUGUUGAAGUGCUCCAGUGCGCUAUGUGGAUUAGAACUUCACCAAGUGAUUCACGAACUCCCCCGCCCAGUACUCCUGAAUAUGUACCAGAGUCACCCGAUGCUCUCAUGGCAUUCAAGGCCAGUCUCGAAGACCAAGAUGUGCCUACCCGGAGCUUAAGUGACAGCGACAGUCCUUUGUCUUCCUGUGGAUCAUCUAUAUCUACACCUCCUCUUCUCGAAGAUUCAGGUUCAGAUUCUUCGCACGAUUCGAGUGAACUAUCUGACCCACCAGCGGUCAUCUACACACCACCAUGGCUUAGAAAUAUCGAUGAAUAG